AUGCCCGAACUGGCUGAGGUGGUUGUCAAGCGCCAACUUGGCCUCUUCAAGCUUGGUGAAGCUGUUGGCCAAGACCACAGGAGUGGCACCAGCGGCGGUCACCUCAGCAGUCAAGGACUCGUCAGUGACACCGACAUUGAUGGUGUUUCCAUCGUCGGCAACCCAAGCGCCGGCGAAUUGAGCACCCACGGAGUUGCGCAGCUGGUCAAUGACAUCGGUAGCCUGAAGCUCCCGGGCAACACGAGCAGUGGCCUGCUCGGUAUCCAGGCCCAAGUCCCGCUUCAUGGCAGCUAG